CACUUAUCGGUUUUGGUCCGAUAUCGAUAAGAGGCCGGCAAUGAAUUGUUGUUAAAUGGGUGAUUUGGUGCAAAUAAUAAUUGUUAGUUGACACAAAUCUUAUUCAAUAUGACAGAAAUUCCAGCUAAGCGCGCCAAGCUGGAGGGCCAAAGGCUGACAUCGUCGAUACAGGCCCAUAAAGCGCUUUUGGAAGAUGAUGAAACACCCUCGGUCUUUAAUCCCAAGUAUCGCGUCUGUCCCUAUCUGGACACGAUUAAUCGCAAUCUACUGGAUUUCGAUUUUGAGAAAUUGUGCUCCAUUUCGUUGACGCGCAUCAACGUUUACGCCUGCCUCGUGUGUGGCAAAUAUUUUCAGGGGCGUGGCACCAACACACACGCCUAUACACACUCGGUGGGCGAGGCACAUCAUGUAUUCCUCAAUCUGCAUACGCUGCGAUUCUAUUGUCUGCCGGACAACUACGAAAUUAUCGACUCCUCGCUGGACGACAUCAAGUAUGUGCUGAAUCCGACAUUUACGAAACAGGAGAUCAGCAAACUGGAUCUAGUCGAGCCAAAGCAUUCGCGCACAGUGGAUGGCGUUCUCUAUUUGCCCGGCGUCGUCGGACUGAACAACAUCAAGGCCAAUGAUUAUUGUAAUGUGGUGCUGCAUGCGCUCUCCCAUGUGGGACCACUGCGAGAUUACUUUCUACGCGAACAGAACUAUGCGCACAUUAGGCGGCCGCCGGGCGACUCCAUGUUCACGUUGGUGCAGCGCUUUGGCGAGCUGAUGCGAAAAAUGUGGAAUCCGCGCAAUUUCAAGGCGCAUGUCUCACCACACGAAAUGCUGCAGGCGGUAGUGCUGUGGUCCAGCAAACGUUUCCAGAUCACCGAGCAGGGUGAUCCCAUUGAUUUUCUCUCGUGGUUUCUAAAUACACUGCAUCGUGCCCUUAAGGGUAACAAGAAACCGGACUCCUCGAUACUGUACAAGAUUUUCCUCGGCGAAAUGAGAAUUUAUACGAGAAAAAUACCACCAGUGGAGCUGGAUGACACACAGAAGCAACAACUGCUGGCCACCGAUGAGUACAAGGAUCAGAUAGAGCACACGAACUUUAUAUACUUGACCUGUGACCUACCGCCACCGCCGCUCUUCACCGAUGAGUUCCGAGAGAACAUCAUACCGCAGGUGAAUCUCUAUCAGCUGCUGGGCAAGUUCAAUGGCUCGGCGGAGAAGGAGUACAAGACGUAUAAGGACAAUUUUAUGAAGCGCUUUGAAAUCACGCGCCUGCCACAGUUCAUCAUUUUGUAUAUCAAGCGCUUCACCAAGAACACAUUCUUUCUCGAAAAGAAUCCCACCAUCGUCAACUUUCCCAUUAAAAACGUGGACUUUGGCGAUAUUCUGGGUAUGAGGCAACGCGAUAAAGGAGUUAAGGAUACCAAAUACAAUCUGGUAGCCAAUAUUGUGCACGACGGCGAUCCUAAGAAGGGCACCUAUCGCGCCCACAUUCUGCACAAGGCGAACGGUCAAUGGUAUGAGAUGCAGGACCUGCAUGUCACCAAAAUUCUGCCACAGAUGAUCACUCUGACUGAGUCCUACAUACAAAUCUACGAGCGCAGCAUGGAGCAGUAGCGGACACAUAUAGUCUUAGAAUCCCAAUUUGUUUCUUAACUCAAUACUGAACAAUUAUGUUGAAUUGUGUAUUAGAAUUUUUCUACUUUUUUGGCAAACAUUCUUCUAGUCUUAAGUGUUUUUUUUUAAACGUCAUAUAUAAUUUGUAUAACGUAGCCACAUUAAAGUCUAGAGCCAAAACAGAGGAUGCUUAUUCUACGCUAUGUACUUAUUAAAUAAGUGUAAUAUGUACGAACAUACAUAUAUAUAUGUGUAUCGGCGAUACU